AUUGUUAUUUAACUGCACGCUGACAUUACUUUUCUAUCACAGGUUAACGCGAAACCUUUUAACUUGAUCUCAAUUGAGCAUUCAUGUGCAAAUUUGUAUAGUCAACAUGACUACAGAUACACCGUUCAAAGAACGACUUCAUAUCAAUAAUUGGUGGAUCAAAGUGUUUCUAUCAGAACUUGUUGGAACGUUUACAUUGGUGUUCAUUACAGAUGGCGCUAUAGCAAGGACCGUCCUGAGCGGUGGAAAAGCGGGUGGUGCUCUGUCAGCUAACAUUGGUUCUGCUCUUGCUGUAACUGUGUCCAUUUAUAUUACCGGAGGAGUUUCAGGUGGUCACAUUAAUCCUGCGGUAACCCUAUCGAUGUGUAGCCUUGGUCGGCUAAGAUGGCUAGCUCUACCGGUCUACUGGAUAGCUCAGUUUAUAGGUGCUUUCCUUGGGGCUGCCCUAGUUUAUGGGAUCUACAUCGAUGGUAUAAACCAUAUUGAGGGCGGACAGGCUAAUCGUUCUCUUGCUACCGCGGGAAUCUUUGCAACAUACCCCGAACCAUUUUUAACAAUACAAGCAGGAGUUGCAGAUCAGCUUGUGGGUACAGCUCUUCUGGUCGGUGGUAUAUUUGCAAUCUUUGAUAAACAAAACAUCAAGCCAGCCGUUGGUCUUGAACCGAUAGCGGUUGGUUUGCUUCUUCUUGCUGUCAAUAUAUCCUACGGCUACAAUGCAGGUGCAGCAGUCAACCCUGCAAGAGAUUUUAGCCCGAGACUCUUCACCGCUGUUGUCGGCUACGGAGACGACAUUUGGUUGACAGCAUCUGGCGACGAAUUUUGGUGGAUACCGCUAUUUAUUCCCUUCAUCGGUGGCCCUAUUGGAGCAUGGUUGUACUAUAUAACAAUAGAAGUUCACCAUAGACCAGCAGAGAAAGUAAAUGAGUCAUUGCCACUUUUCCAAGCACACCGAACCACCAUUGAAUAGAAAUUGUAUCCAUGAUAAUAACAA